AUGGCGCCCAUUUCGACGGGACAGCAUCACCACCGUUCCACCACCAAGGUUUCGCACAAGUCCUUCAAAACCGGCCAUGCGACAAAGCGGGCUCUGAAAGACAAGGCCAAAGGCAAGGUCGAAAGAGCCGAGCGGGGUACUCGCAAGACCCCUCACCAACAACUCAUGUCGAAACUCGAUCGCAGAAACCAGGCUCGCCAGAAGCAGCAGAACAAGCAGCAGGAGCGCGCCCAGGCGACCAGCAUCUUCUCCGGGUCGAGUGGAGCGCCCCGCCACGUCGCUAUCGUCCCGCUCUCCGUCGACAUUGACACCGCGGCGAUUGUUCGGGCGCUGAAUGAGAGUGUCGAUGCCUCUAGCGAUGGUCCUCUCGAUACGAUUUCCCGCGUGCGUGUUGAUCGAUUCCGUCAGAACCUGCAGUUUAUCCCGGCCAAGUAUGAUCUAAUGAGUGCGCUGGAUGCGUGUCGGAUGGCGGACUUUGUGAUCGUUGCGGUUUCGGCAGAGGUUGAGGUGGAGGAGCAAGGGGAGUUGCUGCUAAGGUCAAUUGAGGGACAGGGUAUCUCGAAUGUGAUCGGUAUGGUACAGGGCCUCGAUACGGUCAACCCUCCCAAGAAGCGCCCGCAAGUCGCCAGCUCGCUCAAAUCGUUUCUGAACCACUUCUUCCCGUCCGUCGAUAAAGUCCUCUCCGUCGACUCGCGACAAGAAUGCUCGAAUGCUAUCAGAUCUCUCUGCACCGCAACACCCAAGGGAAUUCGCUGGCGUGAUGAGCGCAGCUGGAUGCUGAUCGAGGAUAUCAAGUGGCCGGAGAGUAUGUCGAGUGAGGUGGACGACGUCGUGUUGACUGGUGUCGUGCGUGGACGGGGCCUGAAGGCGGACCGUCUGGUCCACGUCCCAGGCUGGGGUGAUUUCCAGAUCGAUGCCAUCACGGCUGCGCCGCUGGCUACCGGCCGACCCAAGCGUGACGAUGCGAUGAACGUUGAUGAAAGCGAGGCUACCCAGAUUCUAGACACCCCCUCUGCGGACCGUGAUGAUUUGGCUGCUGUUGCGCCGGAGGAGAUUGAGAUGGAGGACGACGUCGAGUCCAUGGCAGACACGGAACGAAAGGGUGUCCUCCUCGAUGACCACCACUAUUUCUCCGACGAUGACGACCAUAUCCCCUCGAAACCAAAGAAGCUACCCAAGGGUACCUCCGAAUACCAAUCUCACUGGUUCUUGGACGAUGUAUCAGACUCUGGCUCUGACAUUGACGAUGACGAGGAUCAAGACAUGGAGAUGGACAUCUCAGGUGCGCCUGAAGAUGGUGUUUUCCCAGACAACCACGAUGCCAUGACCGAAGGCGGGCCUUCCGAAUACCCACAGUCAGAAAUGUUCCUUGACCCAUCACCAGAGGAAGAGGCCGCACAGCUCGAAGCGUACAGAGCCAGCAAACGAACUGAAGCCGAAGACGACCUCGAGUUCCCCGACGAGAUCGAACUCCACCCGAACGUCCUCGCCCGUGAGCGACUAGCCAGAUACAGAGGCAUGAAGAGCCUCAAGACCAGCCCCUGGAACACGUCCGCGGACCGGGCUCACGAACCCGAGGACUGGCGCCGCCUCUUGCAGUUCGGCGACUACAAGGGCUCCAAGAACCGCAUCCUCCGCGAAGCCCUCGUUGGCGGCGUUAACCCCGGCACACGAGUCGACGUCCACCUCCGCGCAGUCCCCGCCUCCCUCCGCCACCGCCCCCAACCCAUCUCCCUCUUCUCCCUCCUCCGCCACGAACACAAGCACACCGUCGUCAACAUCAACAUGCACCUCAACGCCACGGCCGAAGCACCCCUCAAAGCCAAGGAAGAGCUCAUCGUGCAGUACGGCCCGCGCCGCCUGGUCGUCAACCCCGUCUUCUCUUCCGCCGACAACACCCCGAACAACGUCCACAAAUACGACCGCUUCCUGCACCCCGGCCGCAGCGCAAUCGCCACCUGGAUCGGCCCGCAAACAUGGGGCUCCGUCCCCGUCCUCGUCUUCAAGGCGAAGAAGCCCGAAUCUGACGACCCGGAGGUCCUCGACUCGGCAGACGCAGAGCCAACCGCACCUACAACCGCCGCGGACUUUACAACGGAUAACCUUGAGCUCAUCGGCACAGGCACAGUCGUCGCCCCCGACCCAACUCGUGUUGUCGCGAAGCGCGCUAUCAUUACCGGCCACCCUUACAAGAUUCACAAGCGUGUCGUCACAGUGCGCUACAUGUUCUUCAACCUGGAGGACGUCAACUGGUUCAAGGCGUUGCAGCUCUGGACGAGGCGCGGACGAAGCGGAUACAUCAAGGAGAGUCUAGGUACGCACGGGUACUUCAAGGCGACGUUCGACGCCAAGCUCAAUCCCCAGGACUCUGUGGGUAUCAGUUUGUACAAGCGUGUGUUCCCGCGCAAGGCGCGUGCGUUGGAGGAGUUGGAGAAUUAG